ACACAAAUUUAUUUUCGCUUCUUUUGUACUUCUUUCAUUGUGGCUCAAUCAAACAAACGAACUAAAUCGAAUCGUGGUGAUACCAACGAAAGAGGUGAAUUAGAAGAAGAAUCUGAACGAUUAGCUGAACAGUUGAAACAUAAAGUGAAUAUGAGCAGAUACACGAAGGACAAAAAAGAAAAGGUUCGCCAGUUUGUUAGUUUUACUCAAACUAGUGAAAGUACAGCAAUUCAAUGUUUAACAAAUGCUAAUUGGAAUUUGGAAAUGGCUUGUGAUAUUUUCUAUCAGAAUCCUUCUUAUUUCUCUCAGGUUGACAGUUCUGUGGAUAAUCGACGAUUGGAUCAAUUCUUUCAAAAAUAUGCUAAUGGUUUGUUAAUUUAA